UUUGAAGUUGGUAUCUGUCACUGAUAUGGAAGGAAUGCUAGAUUUUGCGGCAUAUUGUACUACGAGGUGACCCGAGUUUCAGAUGACCAUAUUUCAUCUUUAUCUGUCCUUGAAGUAACGAUUAUAAAGUAUUCUGGCCAAAACAUUAGCGACGAGAGCAUAUAAAAUGCCUGGGAGAUAUAUUUUGAGAGAGGGCAAAGAGAGGUUAUUUCCCUUCUCCAGUCAAUGUGUACGUUCCUAAAAGAUGCUUGUCAUAAAGUACAGAGUGGUCCUAUUCUGUGAGCCAAUCACAGGCUUCUGUCUAUCAACUAUGACCCCUUUCGCAUACCAACGUACAAUAGCUUGGUUAUAGUGUGUGUGUGUGUGUGUAUUCAUGUGUGUUUAUGCCGGGAGUGUAUUAUCGCAACAACAUGUACACCAUACAACCGUCGCUCCCCGCCCCGCUCUCAGUGCAUUUGUGAAUGGUAAAGAUUCCACGAGAGUUGUGCUUUUUCUCUGCUAGCUGUGAAAUUUGGGUGUAACUCCUUGCGCAUUUUACUGAGGAAAUCUUGUUAAAGAUUGGAGGUUUGGACUUUCUUGCUUAAAAAUCAGAGAGAUUUCAUCUAAAGUGUGACCUUUAUACCAAUUGAUGGUUUAAAUAACUGGUAGAUUGGAUACAACUCAUCAAAACAAUAUGAUUCGCUUUCUGAUCCUCGUGAUUGCAUCAGUGUUUUUGCUUCCCGCCCUUGUCAGUGCUUCUCUUUCUGGGCGCAGAUCUCCGUGGCGAGGACCAGGUCAACUGACAUGCAGUGCCGAAGAGUUUGAGUGUGCUGGUACAGGAACAAGCAACGGGGAUUCAGUGUGUGUUCCAGCAAGGUGGCGCUGCGAUGGUGACGCCGACUGCCCAGACAGUUCUGAUGAAGUUGGCUGUGAGUCCCUGACCUGUGCUCCUAAUCAGUUCAGCUGUGGUCCUGGUAAGAACUGUAUUCCCCUGACGUGGAGGUGUGAUCGUGAUGUAGAUUGCCAGACAGGAGCUGAUGAACACAAUUGCCAUGCCCUGACCUGUUCAGCAAACCAGUUCACAUGCGACAACAAAAAGUGCAUCACCACACGCUGGGUAUGUGAUGGAGACAACGAUUGCGGUGACUCGUCUGACGAGGUCAACUGCCCCAGUCUGACAUGCGCCCCCGACCAGUUUGAGUGCACAGGCGCUAAUGAGACCACCUGUAUCCCAGGCCGAUGGAAGUGUGAUGGGGACAUUGAUUGCCGUGAUGGAUCCGACGAGUCAACGACACACUGUUCUGAUGCUGCCAUACCAUGUCCUCAAGGCCACUUCCAGUGUACCAGCGGCGAGUGUGUCCGUCUAUCUUGGAAGUGCGAUGGAGAGCAGGAUUGCUUUGACGGAUCAGAUGAAGAAUCAUGUCCUGUUAUUACACCCACGCCUUGCGCGCCUGAUGAAUUCCAAUGUGCCAAUGGUGUUUGUAUUCAAGGAGAUGUGGAAUGUAAUAACAUUGAAGAGUGUGCCGAUGGUAGUGAUGAAUCAAAUUGUAAUGGCCCUGUAGAUUGUAAUCCAACCACUCACUAUAGAUGUAAAAAUUCUACCUGUCUACCAUGGGUACGUGUCUGCAACGGUAUCCCAGAAUGCCCAGAUAAUGAGGAUGAGCCAGGACAAGAAAUUUGUGGGAGAGACGAAUGCCAAACAAACAAUGGCGGCUGCAGCCAUGGAUGCGUCGACCUGGCCAUUGGUCAUAUAUGCACCUGUGAGGCUGGCUACACUCUUGUCAACGACACACAGUGUGUGGACAUCAACGAGUGCAAGACGAUACUGGGUGUCUGCAGUCAACAGUGCUACAACCUACCAGGAUCUUACAAGUGCGAUUGUGAAGAAAACUACACCCUUGAGGAAGUCAAUGGCCGUGGACACUGCAAGGCCAACUCAGCAGAACAUGCAAAGCUUCUUGUUGCCAACCGACAUGACAUCCGCGUCUUUGACGUACGUACAUCCUCUUCCGAUUAUAUCAGGAGGUCUCUCCACAGUGCCGUGGCUGUCGAAUUCGACUCUGCUUCAAACACCGUCUUCUGGACAGAUGUCGGACUGGAAGUCGUGUCCAAAACCCAACUUGUAGCAGAGAACGGAGUUGAGCCUGUGAUGGUUACUAACAAAGUGAAGACGCCUGAUGGCAUUGCCGUUGAUUGGAUCAACAAGCUCCUCUACUGGACAGAUACUGGCCUCGACAACAUCAUUGUGUCCAACUUCGAAGGCACCCGCCAGACCGUUAUAAUCUCCAGUAACCUUGACGAGCCGCGAGCCAUUGCUGUGGAUCCCGAGUCAGGCCUGAUGUUCUGGAGCGACUGGGGAUUAGGCGUCAUCGAGCGUGCUGGCAUGAACGGACAAGAACGCACCGCCAUUGUGACUGAAGGAGUUUCCUGGCCCAACGGCUUGACGGUGGACUACACCCUUGACAUGGUCUACUGGAUUGACGCCAAGGAAAGCAGUAUCAGCUCAGUUGACUUCAUGGGUGGAAAUAGACGGGUGAUUGUUUCUGGAGAAGGUCGAAUUUCCCAUCCGUUCAGCAUAGCAGUCUUUGAAGAUUAUGUCUACUGGACUGAUUGGACCAAGGAAAGCAUUGAACGAGCAGACAAGUUCACUGGCUCUAACCAGACCACCAUUCUUUCUGGUGUAUCCGAUGCUAUGGAUGUCAUCGUUGUCCAUCCUCUCAGACAGGUUCCCGCUGUAGCUGCAGUACCAUGUUCUCAAGACAAUGGAAUGUGUUCCUACCUUUGCGUGGCCGCUCCUCAAGUUGAUGGUCCUGCCGACUACUCCUGCCUCUGCCCUGUUGAUGUUUCACUCCUGGCCGAUGGUCACACCUGUGCCGGACACGAGCCACACCCAAGUGUCCCCCAACCUUCAGUGCCUUCCACAACCGCUGCACCACCCACCCCUGCCUCUUCCACUGUCAAAUCUGCCACCUCGCAUGUGCACCCCCAGCCUGAAACUGCCACUCCCACCAAACCAUCGAUAGUCCAGACAACAACCCAUGUGACAACUACAACCCCUGAGGUUGUGGAGUCCAGCCCAGUCAUUAACACCCACUUGGUAGUUGCUGUCAUCAUCGGCAUCAUUCUUGUUCUGCUUCUCAUUGUCCUUCUCAUCUUCUUCGUUCUCUACAGGAGACACUCCAACCGCAAGAAGAGGACGAUGAACUUUGACAACCCGGUAUACAGAAAGACAACCGAGGAAACCUUCUCAUUAGACCCUGAGACAAAAUACGACCACAAUGUAGGGAGACCUGGCAAGAAUGGCAAUGCAUAUGUUAGGAUCAAUGAAGAAAUGGCAUAAUGUUACAUUUCUACUAGGACCAAAGCUUAGUUAGGUACCUAGCUGGCAUCGGUUUUCCACCAACUGCCCAGUCCAGACGGUCAAAAGGUCCAUUACUUGAAAUAAGACUGCAUUGCAGAAAGACCCAACGGAAAGAGGCAGGAAUAGCUCAUCUGAAAUUGAGAAGACGUCAAGCUGACUACCUGUAGAGAAAGUGGACCGUUAUACCUGGGCAGCAGCUAUUUUCCUUGCCAAAGUUCAACGAAGGAACUCAAACAGACUGCAUGUGUUUGCCUGGAGAGCUGGAGGAGAAAGAUGCUAUAUAGAAUAUGAUUUAUUAUUGGUGCUAUAUUUUUGUAUGGAAAAUGGAAGAGAGGUGACUUGGUGAUCCUUCUCUCGUUGAUGAUGCUAAUUCCCCGACCACACACCAACCAAAAUAAGAAGGCCAGUUGAACUGAAGCUGGUUCAGAGUGUACCAAAUCAAGUGUGCCUUGUAAUUUUAUUGGCCAAAUUGUUGAUCGAAUCCUAAAACUAAAUGGUGCCAAUUUGCCAAGAGCAAGUGGAGUCUCAAGCUACAUUUUGGAAGAAUGAGGAUAUGCUCUUAAUGAGACUGUUGACUUUAGAGAGAAUCUUCUUUUUUAAAGUCUCAAUAUGGUACAGUUUUGGUAGAUUCUACCUCAAUGAAAUUAUAAUAUUUUCAAAUUGCUUUCGUGAAGAUCGACACAAGUUAUCUUUCCCGUUUAAUGGCUCCAUUGUACUUUUUCUUGUUCACUUAGGACAUGGAAUGGAAUAUUCUAAGUAAUACAUUUCAUUUCAAAAUUUUCCCUGAAAAUGUUAAUUUAGUUUAUCCCUCUAUCAUUCCAUCAUUCCUAUUUUCUUGAUUAACUAUUGGAUCUCUUAACCCAAAGGUCAGGGGUACUAUAAAUAAUUUAGGACCUUUAUGCAAAGACAUGUCUUGUACAGUGUUAAAUAAUGAGAUACUUUACCUGUACAUAAAGGAAAAAAUUGUGUAAAUAAGAGACUGUAAUUAUGUAACUAUUAUGUUUAUGUCAUAUGUAUGUAAAUAUAGAGAUUAUUUGACAGAAGAAACCAUGCUGUUUAAGACAAACGGUCAAUGUACAUGUUAGAUGGUAUUUAUUUUGUAAAUAGUCCCAAGAGAUAUAGUGUACUAUCUUGUAUAUUUAGUGCAAAAUCGUUGCAGUAGCUUCUAUUAGCCAGAGCUUUGCUUGAAAAUAAUUUUUAAAAUACAUGAAAACCAAGAUUAGUUGAGAAUUCUGAUGAUGGGGCUUCUUUGAGAAAGUGGGAAGUUCAAAAAAUGUUGCCAAAGAGAAAAGUGGUAAAAAUCAUGUAAAAAAAAUAAUAAAAAAUAUUAAAAAAUACAAAAAAAAUUAUCACAAUAAGUUGAUGAGAAAAAAGGAGAAGUAGGCAAGUAGAUGAUACCUGCAUGGCAAAGAAUCAAACAACGAAAAAUGCCAUAAUUUAUUUGUCUGUUUGUGUCAACAUGAUUGUUUCAUAUGCAAGGCGUUGGGCAGCAAUAAUCAUUGCCUUUUUUUUCUGAAAUGUAUGAACUUGUUUGCAGCCGAUUCAGCCUCUGUGAGGUCAAAUGGCUGACAGACGUGAUGUGAUGGGAUACUAUAGCAUAGUAUACUUGCACUUAUUUAUCUUUAUCUGGUAGUUAGUAUUUGCAUCUGGGUUUCAUGAGUGAAAGUACUCGUGUAUGAAGAGCAGAAUUGGAUAGAGAGAAGAGGCAAUUCUCCUUGGAGAAGAGUCCUAAGAGAAGAUACGUUGCCCAUAUGACGGCAUGCCUGGGGAGGAGCGUAAUAAAGAAAGCCACAAAGCCCGAUACAGCAAACAUAGCGAAUAUAAAUAGUUCGGAGACACAAAAUCUCUACCUGCAUGCUCGGAAACUUGUGCUAAGAUAAAUCAAGGGCCCACAAAGCAUAUGUCACAAGUAGUAAUAGUAGAAGAUUCUAGAAAUAUAUAUAUUUGGUAGGCACAAGAAGAAUGACUUAUCUCUAUAUUCAUAGCAUAUUUAUGGGUCUUUCUAAUUUUAACUGCCAGUAUUUCAGUUGAAAAAAAAUGCACUGAUUUAUACACAAUGAUAUGACGGAUGUGAUAGUUGUUCAACAUCAGUUAGAAAUGUUAUAUAUACUGAUUUGGUAGAGAAUAUAAGUCUUUAUCAGUACAUCUUAUCACCUUUGACCUCUGGUGUAAUAUGAAUGCCAAAUGUGUGUGAUUAUCUUAUUAAUGCUACUGUUACACCAGCGAAACCGACUCUAGACCGAUCAAAGCUUAUUACAUUAUAUCCAAUGGCAUAUCAUUGUUCGGGUUGGAGUCUCGAUUCCUUGAUGUGACUGCAGUAUUAGACUGAUGUAUUCCUUUUGGAAAUAUCCUUGAUUGAGAUGAUUAUUCCAUGGUGUUCAUGCCAAUCACUUUUAUAUAUACAACUACAAGAUGAAAUUUCUAUUGUGGUCUCACUGGUCAAACAUAUGUUAACAUUCUCUAUCUGUCAUUAUCUAUAGAUAUUAGAAAAAUUUUCUGUUAGUUUUCUCAUUGUUCUCAAGUUUUCUUUUUGCUUUUUUUUUUCAUGCCAUGAUAGACAACUCUGAUAAUCAUAUUCUGUAGCUGUGUGCUUUUUUUCUGUGAGGCUCAUCUAUUCUAUCUUCUGAAAUCCUAUCCAUUCUAUCCUCCAAAAUUUGUAUAAUAUUUAGUAACUUAUUUAUUGCAGUCCUUUCUUUGUUUCAUGGACAGUUCAUUAGGUUCAAGUUAAUGUAUUUGCUCAUAUAAAAUGUCUUAUUUCUGUGUAAAUGUACAAGAAAGAUAAAGAUUUCACAAAUAAUGUAAAACUUUGACGGUUUGCCAUUUUCGAGAAGAGAUGCAAACCCGAUGAUACGACUUGGAACUCAAGUUAUGUAAAUACGUUUGUUAAAGAAAGUGAUCGCGAAAAUAGUAUUAUAAAUAAAGCGGUUGUGAUGUAUAAUUUAAGAAAUAACCUGAAAAUCCGUUCCGUUGAAUUCGAUACGAAUGAUGAUAAAUUAUAAAUAAAACCACGCGUUUCAAACGUUA